AUGGCCUGCUGUUGCUUCUGCGUCAACACCUCGUCGCUUGGCAUCGUGGAGAGCUGCGGGAAGUUCAAGCGCGUCGCCGAGCCGGGCUGCCACUGCCUCCUUCCGUGCGUUGAGACGGUGCGGGGGCUCGUGACGCUGAAGCUGCAGUUUGCCCCGGUGAAGGUGGAGACCAAAACGAAGGACAACGCACUGGUGCACAUCACGGCUUGCCUGCACUACCGCGUCCUGCCAGAGGAGGCAGCCAACGCCUUUUACCGCUUCACAAACCCGCGGGAGCAGAUUGCGAGCUUCGCGGCCAACGUCAUCCGCGGCGAGGUGCCGAAGUACACGCUGGAUGAGAUUUUUGUGGUGUCGCGAAACAUCAAGCAUGCGGUCGAGGAGGAACUGAAGGAGCGGCUCAGCCAGUACGGCUUCACGCUGGAGGCCACGCUCGUGACCCAGAUUGAGCCGACGCGGGAGCUCCAGGAGGCCAUUGCGCAGACGCAGCUCAACGCGUACCGCCGGACAGCCGCCGAGCACAAGGCGGAGCUGGACAAGAUCGUCAAAAUUAAGGCCUCAGAGGCGGAAUUCGAGGAGAAGCGUCUCGCCGGCGUUGGACUCGCCCUGGAGCGCAGGGCCAUCAUGGAGGGCCUGCAGAGCAGCAUUGAGUCCUUUGUCGACAGCGUGCCCGGCGUUGGCGCGCGCGACGUGGUGCAGCUGCUGCUCAUGAACCAGUACUUUGACUCGCUGAAGGAGGUUGGAAACACGGGGAGGAACCAGGUGGUGCUGCUGCCGCCAAAGGGGAGCCAGUCGAUCCUGACGGACCUGCUGGCGGCACAGCGGACCAACGUCUCCAUGCGCUGA